ACUUAAUGCCUCACACGCGCGCAUGAUGUGUGCCUUCAUGAAGAGAGCCACGCGGGAAGCUCCUUUAUUUAUUUUUUAUUUACUUUUAAGUGCUUACCAGGACAGUGUUUUGUGGACGGUUGGAUGAAUUUUUGUUUAACACUUUACGGGGAAGGGGGAGGCGCAAAACCGGUUUAACAUUCCCACUGAGUCACUGUCAUUCCCGGGCUGUCAUCACAGCUUUUCUCCUACUCGCAGCGACUCCGCCCCGCAGUUCCCGGUAGACUCGGAGCGCCCACCGAGGCUAUCUGUCAAGGUGCUGGGCGAAUGUGUUUGCGUCUUCUGUUUCCUUGAGCUCCCAUUUAAAAUUUACUCGUCUUUUUGACAUUUUGUCGCUUGAAUUUGCAUAUAGUCUAGGCCUAAACAAAACAUUUUUUUCACUCGGAGCACCAAACAAUCGAGGGAUUUGACUCGCUUCCAGAGGGAAUAAACGCUGAUACUCUUGAGGACAUCAUGACUUUUACUCGGGGUCUUUUUGCCUUCUUAACGUACUCCGCUGUGAUAAUGGCACCCCACUGUAAAGCAGAUCGCCCUCCACCACCGACAGGGCUGACAUAUGAGUGGCUCGACCCAUUUGUUGUGAACGUGUCCUGGGCGAAGCCUGUCGGUCUGCCAGACGACGCUGAGGUCAAGUACAAAAUCCGCGUGGUGAAGAAUGGAAAAGAAGAUGUGACGUGCACAACCUGUAGACAUAUUACUAAAACUUGGCUGACAGAAGAGUUGGAUUCUGAUUGGAUGUACAACAUUUCAACUGUUGGAAGUCUAAUCUGUGACAGUGUGAAUGAGAGUACACCCGUGUCCAUAACCAUUCGUAGCGAAAAGCCCAGGGCCGAACUGGUGAAGGACUUCAAAUGCUUAGCCGACUCCAAGAAAAGGAACUGUUCCUGGAAAUCAGUAAAUGACUCUCUUGAACUGAAGCUCUCCUAUAGGGUUUGUGGACAUUCUAAGGAAAGUAUAAAAACAUUACGAAGCUGCGAUCAGCCUUACAGCAGUGGAACAGAGAAGGGUUGUUACCUGAAUGCUACUGUCGAGGAUGACAUCUGCAUACUUGUGGACAGUGAUGCUGGAAUGAGCACCUUUAAACCUGAACUUGUGAUACCUUCGCCAAAGCUGCACAUCACAGAAGAGAACAAUAAACUCAAACUGAGCUGGACACCUCCAGAGUUUGGAAAAAGUUGUGACUGGACAUAUGAGAUCAACGUCAGCGAAUGCAACAACGAUGCUAAGAAUCUGAGCUAUACUGUGCCGGCCAAAGAAGAGCAUAUGACGCAUAUGAACUAUGCUCACUGCCUUUACGAGUUCAAAUCCAAAGUCACGACUGAUAAAACAUGCUUGAAAGUUUCCAGCGACUACGGUGAAGUUGUAACUUAUGGUACGAAUAAGCCUCCUGACAGGACACUUACUGUGGUUGCCAUUGUCAUCCCUGUCAUUCUGUUUAUCUGCGUCAUUCUGUCCUGCUACUGCUUCAGGAGGCACAGCGCCAUUAUUUGCCCCAUCGUACCUGAUCCUUCGGCAAUAUUCAAGGAAAUGAUGAUGAACGGAAACAAAGAACUUAAGCCGCCAACAGGAAGUCUGUACACACCGAUGCCAGAACCCAUUGAACCCUGCAAUAUUACCCUUGUGACAGAAAGCACUGCCCUCAAGCAAAACUCUUGACAUGGGCAGGUUCCCAACAGCGCCUGCAGUGCUUCCACUCUGGGCGAAUUCAUCAGGGACAUUUACAGAGCAACUUAAAGCAGGCUGAAACUGUUUUGUUUCACUGACCUCUUCUGGUUGAUCAAGGUCUACUGUAUGUCUGCCAGGUGUGUGAGCUCUGUUGUACCUGUACUGACCUGAGUAUAACCCUGUAUCACUGCAGCCCGGGGAGAACUCAAACUACCAGAGGUCAGCAAAAACAGGAUUUUCAGCUGUUAUUAAAAUAAUCUCUAAGGUAGUGCAAAGGUCAACUGCUGAGACCUGGAUCAGAGACAGGAUAAGAAAAUGCACUAAAUACUUGGAUCUACCUUAAGAUUUGGACCCGGAAAUACAAACAGGAAAAGAAAGUUUUUCAUGCCUGCACUGUGCUGAUAUCCUCCUGUUGAGCACUGAGGAGGAAGACACAGGAUGAGUUUGGUUGGAGAGAGCGGAGGACCACAAGGGGGCCUGCAGAAGCUCUGUUUGCUGGGCACCGCACCCAAAAAGAGGAGCUGGAGUGUCUUUGGAUAUCUACGGUACUCACCUAAGAGGAACAAGGAAACAAACAUAGGAAGAAGUGAAGGGGGGGGGGGGGGGGGGAGGGUCUUGUCAUAGCAUGUCUGCUUCGUAGGAAUGACAAUCCUAGUAUAACUGCCCUCAUUGCAGGAAGCAAUAACCCAAGUGGUGGGAAAGCAUAUAUGUCUUAACACUGAAAGCAAUCCCCAGACUGCACAGCAAGCCAAGAGCUGCCGUGGCUCUCCUGACCUCCACAUAUUAUGUAUCGGCCCCCAAAUAAGGAAAAGAGCUUGUGUUGUCUAGUUGGCAUGCUUAAAAACACUGUCUUAUAAGGAACUGAUGGAGUGACUGAAUGGCAGACAACACAGGGCCAGUGUGUCAGUGCCGAGAAUCAUUUUGCCUUAUCCAGAAGUAAAGAAACAGACUAGAAUUUGAUGAAGAGGUACGGCUAUGGUGAAAUUCUGAAUAGCUUAUCUUGGAACAAAACUUUGCAUCUUCACUUUCAAUUUAUUUCCUCUGUUAACUACAGUAUUAAUGCAUGACAAGAGGAACGUCACUCAGUUGUCUUAUCAGGAAUGGAACUGACCUGCAUGAACUUUGGUGGCAGACUCUGACUCUACAUGCUAAAUAUCUUGUAUAUUUCGGAUGGAAAUGAUAAUUUUCUUAACAAUAGUUAAUCUGAUGUGUUAAUCUGACCAGUGGUGUUGAGAAAUGGUUUAACCUUGUUACACAACUUGCACCUUUUUGGAAAGAAGACAAUGAAAGAGAAUUUGAGUGGACAUCUGAGCAAACAUUAAACGGAUUAAAAUUUG